AUGCCGCGCAAGCUACUUAAAUUCCUGAUCAUUUUCGACAACACGUCGCUGCUGUACUUCCCCGGCCAGUUCCUGUCCGGCCGAGUCCUCAUUGAGCUGCAGGACGAGACGCCGGCCCUGGGCCUGCACUUCCAUGUCGUGGGCGAGGGCGUCGUCCGCAAUGGUCGAAGGCAGGAGCGUACCUACGACAAGGAGAACUACAUCGAUUUCCGGAUGCGUCUGCUCGGCGAUGUGGACCAGGGCGGUCCGGCCAUUCUCUCGCCAGGAAUACACAGCUUUCCCUUCAAGCUCGGUCUGCCACUGGGUCUGCCCUCGACCUUCCUGGGCCGCUACGGCUGGAUCCAGUUCUACUGCAAGGCGGCGCUGCGCGAAAACAACGGCAUCAUCCACAAGAAUCAUCAGGUUUUCAUCGUGAUGAACCCCAUCGACCUGAACUUGGAGAAGCCCAUACUAGCGCAACCUUUCACCUGCGAAGUUGAGCACAAGCUGGGCGUCGUGUGCGUGGGUGGCGGCCAGAUCAAAUGCCGGGUGUCGUUGGACCGCGGCGGCUAUGUGCCCGGUGAGAAUAUUCUGGUCACGGCUUUCAUAUCCAACUACAGCAACGUAUCCAUCAAGCGGACCAAGGCGUCGUUAACAGAGACCAUCGAGUAUUUGGCGCGCGGCAAGGUGGUGCAGACAGAGAAGCGCGAGCUGGCGGUCCUGGUGCGUGGCAAGAUCCGACCGGGCGGGAAGGACGAGUGGCACAACGAGCUGUACGUGCCGCCCUUGCCGCCCACCAACCUGCAUGGCUGUCAUUUGAUCAAGAUAUCCUACGACGUCUUCUUCGUCAUCGAGCCAAAGUCAAUGGAGAAGGAGAUCAAGCUGCAGCUGCCGAUCGUUCUGGCCACGUAUCCUUUCCGGAACGCCAGCGAUGCCGCCAACGCGAACACCUGGCCGGACUCGGUGCUAAAGCCGGACACACACACGCACUAUCCAUCGACGCUGCCCAUAUUCCGGCCCUGGCUGCACGAGAAGCCGAGUGAAUCUUAGCCAAGCCGGAUCGGUAGCCAUAGCCGCCAAAUGUUAACCACGAUUUGCGCCAUAAUCUAAUUUUAACUUAUUUAACUCGUACGUAUCGUUUCUAAUGUGUUUUACCCACUGUGCAACUGUGACUUACUCGUUCUUUUUAAUUGCAUAAUGAAUAAAAGUAAACUAUAACUA